AUGUUAAUCGAAGAAUCCUAUCAUGACGUUGAAACCGCAGAUGGCACAACCAUGCGUAUUUUCACCUUCCACCCCAAGAUCCCCAACUACCCCAAGGUAAAGUUCCCCGGUGUUGUAGUCUACAGUGAAAUCUACCAGGUGACGCCACCGGUCGCCAGGUUCGCCAAGGAUAUCGCCGGCCAGGGCUUUAUCGUAGCCGCACCUUCAGUCUACCACAAUUUCGAAGGUCCAGAGCCUUUGGCUUACGACGACGUUGGAACCGACAAGGGCAACGACUACAAGAUCCAAAAGGAAUUGAAAUCCUACGACGAAGACAAUGAUUUGACCAUCAAGUACUUGUUGAGCUUGCCCACGUGCAACGGCAGCAUUGGCGCCACGGGCAUGUGUCUCGGUGGCCACUUGGCGUUUAGAGCUUCGUUGGACCCCAGAGUCAGGGCCGCCUUUUGUUUCUUUGCCACCGACAUCCACAAACACGCCUUGGGCAAAGGAAUGGAUGACGAUUCCUUGAAGAGAUGCGCUGAGAUCAAAGGUGAAAUCAUCAUGAUCUUUGGCGACAAGGAUAACCAUGUUCCUUUGGAAGGCAGGGACUUGAUCAGGAAGGAAUUGAGACGUAACAAUGUUGCCAUGACCUUUAUCGAGAUCAACGAUGCGCAACAUGCGUUUGUGAGAGAUGAAAAUAGUAAAGGCAGAUACGAUCCCGCUGUGACCAAAUUGUGCUUUGACUGGCUAUUGGAGUUGUUCAAUAGGAAGUUGAAGUUGGAGUAUGGAGAUCAUGAUGGUAAAGACAGAGUUAUUGAAGAUGUCUGUUGA